AUGGCGGAUUCGUUAGAAAAAUUAUUCGUCACACGAGAAAAGAAUUUCAUCAAACAAAAUAUCCUUCGCGCGAAACGUUCUUAUCCGGCAGAACCCAAACAACGAUCCGUCGACACUCGUUAUGGCGACACGCAUGAUUUAAAGAGGAGCGGAUUACUUCCGGUUUAUGUGCACAAAAAAAACUAUGGAAAAAUACCGAGAUGUAUCGUGAAAGUCUAUACGAGAGCAGAGGCGGCUGAACCGUUUAAUGGAGAUGAGAUACCAAAAGUAUCAGCGUGCCGAUACAUCGACGAGGAGGAACGAAAGAAUUUCCACUUAAUUUGGACGGAAGUGACCGAGUACAUCCGGAAACAGGGCAUGAAGCAAAGAUGGGAGGAAGCGAUGCAGCGAUUCCGGAAGUUGCCAUUCCUCGUGGACACGAUGCCGAAGGCGCAGAAGAAAGCGAAGCUGGAGCGCGAAUUGCAACAACUUGAAAAAGACAUAGCAAUUAUCGAACAACAUUCGCAUAUAUAUGUUUAUGACGAAAUGAUUAAUGCACAAAACUGACAUCUAACGUC